UUCGUUCCAAUGGCAGUUUGCUGCAAAGUGGACAUGGAGUAGACGUUUUUGCAGUGGUCGCGACCACUUUUUUAGUUUUUAUAUAUAUGUUUUAAUAAAUUUUGCAGUCUACUGUUAAGAUUAAAAAUCUUUCUGACCCUGAUAGCUUUUUAAAUUAAAACUAUGAAUCACGUAAAGAUGUUUAAUUUCAAGAAAAUUCUACUGUUUCUAUGCCUUACGACUGGCUUAACCUCGUCUGCCAACAACGAAACGCAAACAGAUGGUGCAUCCGAGAAACUUUCCUCAAAUUCAAAUAAUUUGAAUACUUCGACUACCGUAAUACAAACGAAGAUUGAACCUGUCAUAUCAUUGACAACGAUCACUCCAUCCAUUAGCACCAAGGAUUCUAAAGCAAGUGUUAUUAAUUUGGUACUAACUGAAGGUGGUCCAGUUUCAAAUUCUCUGACCGUGCGAUCACCAAUAUCCGAUCAGAAAAUAACUGCUAAAAAUAAUUCUACAACGACGAUUAAAGAUAUAUUUGUAAACAAGAAUGUUAGCCAAGUCAUGACAACACAGAAAGAUUUGCCAGUUUUGGAUAGAAAAAAAGGAUAUUUAACAUUCGAUCAAACAACUGUUAAAGAUGUUACAGUAGAACAUGAUAGUGAUAAUGAUAAUAUAAAUAAUUCUAAAGUUGAAAAUAUUCCUAUAAGAAUAGUUGCUAAUAUUACACAAUUAAAUAAUACAAGUACUACUAUACAACAUGUGCUAGAUAUGUCAGAAAAAAAACUAAAUAAUACCAUCGUUAUUUCUACAACACCUCCUGUGAACAAACAUAAGCCAAAUCCAAAACCAACUGUGACAAUGGGUGGAGGUUCAGCAGAUCCAAAUAAACCUAUACCUCCAUCACCAACAAAAAAUUCUCCAUUAGGAAUGCCAAGAAAAAUCGAUUAUAUCAUACCUAUUGCUAUUACAAUUGUUGCACUUCCAAUAUUGGGUGUAGCUAGUUUUAUUCUUUAUAAUCGAGGUAAAGACUGUUGGGAUAAGAGACACUAUCGAAGGAUGGAUUUUCUUAUCGAUGGAAUGUAUAAUGAUUAAAUCAUAAAGGAAUGUAUCUAUGAGGAUGAUCCUUGCAAUAAGAAUACAUGAUAGACAGCUAAACAGCUUUAUCAUUAUACUUUGUUAUAUCAUGUUCUCUAAACAUAAUUGGAGAACAUUUUUAUAAUAUCGGUAACAUUUAUUCUAUAUUGAUAUGUAUAGUAUGUCAUCAAUUGAAAACAUUUUGUUGAGAUUUUAUUUGUUUAUUAUAACUGUAAUGUAGGAUACGAUUGUGUCAAGAAAAAGAAUGCCAUAAAAACAAAAAUUAUCUAAGAGAAGGCAAGGCAAUGUCGAUACUAAGGAAAGAAAAUUUAGUUGUAUAUAUCACAAGAUAACUAAAUUAAUAAUGAAUCAAAUUUCAAAAAGGUAAUUAUCAUGUAACUGUUGGAUGUCUAGCAUGUUAGUUUUAUUGUAAAAACAAAAAUUGGUUCAAGUUUAACUAGUAUAUACCCAGGAAUAUGCAUGAAUGAUAAUAAUAUAUUGGAGAUAAAAAUAAAAUUAUUUUUAGUAGAGUAUAAUGCAAAAAUAUAUAGCAUUCUUAUACAUCAAAGUAGACAAUAAUUGCAUCAUCCAACAAGACCUUGCCCUGCAAAUUAUUAUAAAUAUAAUUACAACAAAAUGUUGUAAAGUAAACAAAAUAUACUCAAUGUUGUUUUAUAAAUUGCAGUAUGGUGCAUAGAUUUGACCAAAGAAGUAUAUAAUUGAUAAUGUUAAUAUAGUAUCAUUGUUGCAUUUACUUAUAUUAAUUUGAUUUUUACACAUUUUUUUACAUACUAUUUCUUUUCUUAGAAAUAACACGAAAAAGGCUCAUGUUAUGUAUAUACAUUGAACUAUUGCCAUAAGUAAAUGUAUUCUAUUGACAAUGUUCGAUAAUUGUCCUAUUGUUGCAAAAUCUAUCAAUAAUUUAUGGGUUACACCCAUUGUAAAGUUUUCAAAAUUGUUAUUUAUGAAGUUUAUAUUUUGUCUAUGUAUGAAAAAGCAAUAAUAAUUAUUUUUAUACAUAUGUAUAUGUGAAUUUAUCAAUAUUGUUAUGAAAUAUAAACACUUACAACUACAA